GUGUUUUUCAGCUGCAUUGCAACGCUAGCGCAAAACUUACAUUGUUUGUCCGUUUGUGUGAGUGUGCGUGCGUGCGUGCGUGUGUGUGAGCUUGCGUGUGUGUGUCUGUGUGCUGUGUUCAAUACUCACGCACUUGAUUUCGACUAGCGACUAGCAAUUAACAUUGCCAUUGCGAUUUGUGACAGUCCCCGCAGCAAGCAGAAAAUUGUCAACAAUUCGACACUCAUUUUGAGCCUGUUACCGUCUCCUGUUUGUGGUUGCUUGCUACGCUCUGCGAAUCGUUGCCAUGAAGCGUUUGCGUUUUCCGCUCAUUGCCAGCGUUUGUCUGCUGCUGGUGUUGAUGUCAUCCUGUCUGCUUGGCAGCGCCGAUGCCAAGAAGAAGAAAUACGUUGGCGAAACGGGCGGCGAUUUUGAGUUUAUCGAUGAGAUCAACAAGAAUACGCAAAACAACAAAAAUGUGGGCGAACGCAAGCGGUGGAUACAUGAUCCUUCGAGUGACCUUUGUCGGCCGCUAAACUGUAAGAAGCGUGAAAUUUGUCUGCUGGAGGAUGAGUUCAGCGCUGUGUGCGUGUCGAAAAAGGAGCUGCACAAGAAUCGUGAUGAGAUAAUCACCAAAGCCAAAUAUUUGGAGGAGGAAGCCAAGCGGCGUGUCAAUCAACAGGAUAACGAUAGCCAGGAUGUUGAGGACAUCAACAACGAUGACGAGGACAACAGUAGCGAUGGCGACAACAACAACAACCACAGCAACAAGAAUAACAACAAUGCGCCAGCCAAUGUCCAGGGCAACGAGGAUAACAAUGACGAUGAAGAUAAAAGCCUAAGCCUGGGCGACGAUGAUGAGUCCAAAGAGGACGAUGUCUUCUAUGAGAACAGCAUUGUUGCCAACGAUAAUCAAAAGCAGCAGCAACAGCAACAGCAGCAGCAGCAGCAGUUGCCGAAGCCUGCGGCUGCCCAGCAGGAUGAUGACGAGGAAUUGGACAACUGCAAGCCGUGCCCCGUUGCCAAGCCAACUUUCCUCUGCGGAGCUGACAACAGAACCUACUCAUCACUAUGCAGAUUGGAUUAUCACAAUUGCAUACAUUCGACAUCCAUACGGAUCGCCUGCAAAGGAUUCUGUCCAUGCAAGGAAAACACCGAUGGUAAGCGAUUGCAGCGAAUUGGCGAGCGUGCUGGCUAUAACAAAUACAACAAGAAGAUCAUCCUGGAGCAGCAACAGCAGCAGCAGCAGCAGCAACAACAGCAGCAGCAGCAGCAAGCUUACAAGGAUAGCAGCAACAACAACAUCAUGAUGAACAGCGGAAAUGUUAUGGGUAGCAACAACAAUGACUUCAAUACCAUUAUGAAUGAUAAGGAGGACAACAAUCGUCACUUAAAUCACAUCAAUGCCCAGUACACAUUCACUCCCGAGGAGAUAAAGUAUGACAACAAGCACUACAAGUAUCUCAAGUACACAGCCUACAAGAAGGAUGCCAAGUAUCAAGAGGAAAAACGCAAGAUGCGCAACUACAACGAAAAUGAAGUCGUCGAGAAGCAGUCGCAGAAAUUUAAUAAAAAUAACAAUCCAAGUGGCUAUCCCUCGAAGUCGGCCGAAUGCAAACCGCAGCAGCUGACUGCCAUUGGUAAUCGUCUGCUCGACUGGUUCUCAGUAAUUAUGGCCGACAGCAAGAAGCGUCGCCAGCAUAGCCAGAAGUCCAAAGCGCACUUCCCACCCGCCUGCAAGACCGAGGCCAAGUGGAUGUUCGGCCAUCUAGAUCUGAACAACGAUGGACUGCUGUCGCUGCAGGAGAUGUAUGAUCUGGAGCACGAUCAGAACGAGCGUUGCAUCAAGCCAUUCAUCGACACGUGCGACCUGGACCAGGACAGCUCGAUUAAUACACGCGAAUGGUGCCGCUGCUUCGAGAAGACCGAUCGUCCCUGUGCCGCGGUGCGACGAAGAAUCGCUGGCGACUUUGCAGGUGAGAUAGGCGCCUACGCACCCGACUGCGACGUACAAGGAUUCUAUAAGCCAACACAAUGCCACAACUCGGUGGGCGUCUGUUGGUGUGUGGAUAAGCAUGGAGUCGAAUUCGCCAACACACGCACACGUGGCAAGCCCAAUUGUGAGUCCGUGGUGAAUAAUGCCGCCUCGCUAACAUCCGACGACGAGGACGAGGGCGCCGACGAAGAGGACAGCGCGGAAGGCAGCGCCGAUCAAAUGCUCGUAUUUUAAACGCCAUAACCAGGGCCACGCAGCGUACUGUGCAUCGAUGACCAUGGGCAAAAAUCUGGUACAAGUCGUCGCAUCCAAUCGGCAGGCAUUAAGGCAUAGGCGGUUGAUAAUUAAUAUUAUUACUACAAACAAACAAACAAAAAACAAAAAAUUAACAUUGAAAAAACAAAAAGAAAAGAAAACAUAAAUGUGCAGUAGCCAAGUAAGAGUUUUCGAAUAGAACAACAACUACAUAUAGCAGCGUAUACUUAGCAGCAAAAUCAACACUCGCAAAAAAAAACCAAAUGUUAGAAGGAAAUCACAACACAAUACAAGCAAAAUAAAAAUCUGAACUCAAGUGUCAUCGUUUGAUUUGCUUACGUCGUACGAGAAUGUGGCAUAGUUCAGGGCGCAAUGCACGCAAAAUUUUGGCAUUAAAAGCGAUGCUAAAUUUAGCUUAUAGUACAUUUAAGGUUAUUAUACCCCAUACACAUUGUUCUGGGUUUAUUUACCCAAAAUACACAACUAGCAAAAUGGCACAGCAAACACUUUUCGUAUAACUACCCCUAACCAGUACCCCAUUAACACACACACACACACACACACACAAGUACAGACAAAUAGACACACUUGUUUUUGACUUCGGUUAGGCAAAGUUAUGCGGCUGUGUCUGAGUAACGGUUAUUGAAUACCAUCGCUUCUGUUAUUGCACGCGAAUCCGUCUUUUAGCUUUUUAAGCGAUUAGUGUAUACAUUUUAAAUGUUUAUUGCCAUUUCCUCUGUGCUCUUCUUCUGUCCUAUCACAAACAACAAAACGAAAACACACGCUAAGAAUUCCGCCCAAAAAAUACAUAUACAUACAUUUAUGUGAUAGGUUUUGAAAAUAAAGAUUAAAGAAAAUGAAAUAUGAAGAAAACUAAUAUGAAAAGAACUGGCAAAUUACUAAACGGCAAACAGUUUAUUGCACACAUUACAUUACAAAUUUCUGUGCGCUUUUUUUUGGACAUGCAUCAAAAUCGAUAAAUGUUGAACAUAAAAAUCAUGCGACUUACGAGCAUGCCCCAAGUUCGACAGCAGGUGGCAUUGCAACACUAAUAUAAACAUUUACUUACAUAAACGUAAAUAAGUGUGUACCCAUGCAUAAUCGCAUUCAAUUAGAGUUACUUAGCGUACUGCAUACCAGAUUUAUAGUGAGAGCUAAAUUAAAGGAAGAAAAGAAGAGAAGAGAAGAGUAUAGUACGCGAGGGUAAGCCUGGUCUAAUUAGAUAUUCCUACUAUUAAGGAACCAUAGGCACUGCUUCAUCGAAUAAGUAGCAGCAACACAAAUUCCAGGCGAAUUGUUCAACAACCACGUAGCACCUGCCACAGGAAAAUUGAGCAUUUGCUUCAUUGUAUCGGCACACAAACUUAACUCAUAUACACUAAAAAAAACACACACACACACUUGAAAACAUUUUGCAUUUGGGCAUUGCAAUGCCAAAAACAGAAAUGAACAAGAAUUUGCAAUUAGAUUUUGUUGAGUAUAUUCAACUUGCAACCAGGCACACCGCAAAGAGAUGAACAAAUUUCAGCAUAAAUCAUAUUAACUAAUAUACGAUAUAAACGUAAGAAAAAUGCUUAAGCAUACGUACGAGUAUAUGCAUACAUAAAUAUAUAUGUG